AUGGUUCAGCUUCAGCAAGAACCGGCUUUCAGCCGACUCGAGGUCCAUUGGAAUGGAGGCCUCAUCGCCGCGUCCAUUGCAGUGUCCCUUUUGGGCGCCUUCACCUCAACCCAGAUGAUGUGUCAAGCACGAACUUCGCGGUACUUCUCAGGCGUCUUGGUUUGGACUAUACUGGGGAGUUUGACCUUUGGCUUCUGUUCCAUUUGGUGCCUCCACUUCAUCGCGAUGUUGGCCUGCGAACUUCCUCUUCCGAUCGGCUUGAACGUUCCCUUGACGGUCCUCAGCGCGGGCCUGGCGGUUAUAUUCACAUUCCUGGCCCUGGCGGCCGACCUUAUGCGCGAUCGUUAUUUGCGCCUUCUCAAAAAACGCAAAAUGAGGGCUGUCAGACGGGGAAGAAAAAAGGAAGCAGCAAGGCAGGAUCUCAAUGACAGCUCAGAUGCUCUUCUGGGAACACGGGUCUCGGGCGAAGGUGAAGAGGCGCAGGAGCAUGCCAACGGCUCUGCCGACCACAGUCCUCCCAGCCGUGACAGCGGUGCAAGUAUGACGCUGGGGCUCUUAGAGGAUCAUUUCGCUGGCGGGGAGCCUAUUACUAGCACCACCAUAAGAUCAUCGCGGUCCCCUGUGGGAACCGUUCGACAAGCUUUCUCCGCGCAGAAUGAGUUGCCCCUGGAAGACGAUUCUACUCGCGACACUGAAAGCUACCAAAGGAGUUCGGAAGAAGGGGAGCGUUCUCGACGGUCCUCGUCAACGAAUCACUCGGACGGGAGCAGCCUCGGUCUCCCUGGUUUCAUGAGCUUCAAGUUCAGGAAAAGGACAACCACCACAACGAAUGUCCUCUUCGGGAUCGGUGAACUGCUGUACCAUGGAGCAACUCUGAUCAACUUUUGUAAGGGUUUCAUAUGGAGCUUGGCAAUUACCACUAUGCACUACGUGGGUAUAUUGGCCUUGGAAAUCCCCAGAGGCCACGUUACGCUACAGCCAUUGAUCGUCCUUCUUUCGGCGAUGAGCAGUUGGAUGGUGUGCACCUUAGGAUGUAUCUUGAUGCCCCAGAUCGAGGUCAACCUAAGCCAGCAGCUCAUUUUCUCUGUGGUAGCGGCAGCAGGGGUUGCCGCCAUGCAUUUUACCGGGAUGUGGGCGACUACCUUCUGGUCCCAAGCCGCACCAACCACAGAACGUGGCUAUCCCCCAGACCUGGCAGUUGCUGUCACCAGCAUCGCCAUUCUGACUUGCUUGCUUGCGAAUGGUCUUCUCGCCCACUCGGCGACGGUGGCUCGAAAUAAGCUGGCUGAAAUCGUCCACACUCGAAGAAAACUCUGGGCCGCCAUCGCUCAAAAAGAGAACGCGGAAGCCGCUGCCGCCGUUAGGAGCGAGUUUAUAGCGAGCGCCAGUCAUGAAAUCCGGACGCCCUUGCACCAGCUCCAGGGUUACAGUGACUUGCUAUCGCGCACGGAGCUCAGUGAAGACGCUCGUCUGCUCCUCCUCGCCAUACAGCAGGCAACGAGAUCACUCUCCAUGAUCACGGCUAACGUCCUUGACUGGUCUCGGUUGGAGAAAGGAGAGGCUGUCUGUCGGCCAACGAGCAUUGACCUCCGAAAAGUGUGCGAGUCGAUCCUGGCGAUAUUACCAAACAAGGACGAGGACUUUGGGACUGAAUUGAUGAUUGUCGUAUCCCCUCACGUACCAUCCUCACUUUUCUUGGAUGAGACCUAUCUUCAACGGAUCCUGAUGAACUUGCUGACAAACGCUCUGAAAUUUACGCAAUUUGGCUAUGUACUUCUCUUGGUGGAAGUCAAGGACCUGGACUUAGCUAUCACUGUCCGAGAUUCCGGAUUUGGCAUACCAGAGUCGUUUUUGCCACAUCUUUUUGAACCAUUCAAGCAGGCCCAGACGCGAGGCGCUGAGCGAGGGACUGGCCUCGGCCUGGCCAUCAUCAGGCAGCUAUUACAGAAAAUGGAAGGGGCAAUUGCUGUGGAGAGCAAAUCCCAUCAGGCGGAGAAUGUGGGAGCAGAGAAAUGCGGCAGCACGUUCACUGUCACGAUCCCAAUCGAUCCCGCGCCCAACACACCCGUCGCUCGGAACCCUCUCGGUCCCAAUCGGCGGAUCGCGUUGCUGCAAGACUGCAAUGAUCGAUUUGCGGAGGGACUGCAACUCGCUUGGAACGCUUUUGAUUUCGAAUUGGUCCGAGCAGAUCCCGAUGAUGAGAUAUCAGAGUCUUUCGGCUUUGUCUGGACAGACCUGAUGUUUCUGACCAGCAACCCCAAACUCCUAAGCCGAAUACUUGACCUGCGACAUCACCUUGUCAUCGUGUCAUACGACUCUCAAUCAUUGCUUGACGAGUCGUUGGGCUCGGUCCCUCCACCGCACGUCAUCCCGGUCAGAAGACCAUUUGUAUGGCAUCGUAUGGUCGAGAGUAUAGUUUCGGCGGCUCGUACUGGUCGGUCAUCGAUAGAUCGAUCUGUCAGGUUCGCCCCUGUUGUCGACGUGGUGGACGACAACCAACCCUCGCGGGCAACGCAUGAGACCAAGACGCUGAGAGGCGCAACCGUGCUCUUGGUCGAAGACAACAAAAUCAACCAAAAGCUCGGGGUGAAGAUGUUGAACACGCUUGGCUACAAGGUUAUCGUGGCAGAUGAUGGACAAGAAGCCAUAGAUAAGCUUGUCGAGCAUGACCAUGAUAUCGACAUCAUCCUGAUGGACCAGUCGAUGCCGCGGAUGGAUGGCAUAACGGCCACGAAGAGGAUUCGAGAGAUGGAGAGCCAGGAACUACUGGGACCCCUUAGUCGCACCAGGCGACCCAUCAUCAUGGUCACCGCUGUCGUUGGGCCGGAUGCCCAAGCACUUUGUAUGUCGGCAGGGACAGACGCAUUCCUUCCGAAGCCACUGGCCAUGUCGAAGCUCGAGCACACGUUGAAGAAGUUCCUCGGCUGA